UGCCAUGGAGAAAGACCUCCAUAAUUAGUCUUCCUAACGCGGACUGGUUUCUAGUCCUGGCUCGGUCCGGCAAUGGCGUGCAUUCUUAGUUGGGGUUGCAGGCGAUCGCUUGGUGGAGCAGCUGGAGAUCCAAGGCGAUGAUGGAUCUCCGAACCGACAAAGUUCCGCACUUGAUUUGACGGAGGAGGAGAAAGGCAUCUGGAAUCUGCAUCAUCCCUCAUGAACCCGAGUUCGCCAUCUCCGCCGCCAGUCCCCGCGCUGCGGGUUUCCGACUCUGGGAGACGCAUGUGCCGAGAAGCAGCGGGGCCGACUUCAACGCCCGUCACGCCCUCGACCCCGGCAACGCCCUCGACGCCUGCUACUCCGGCACUAGUGCUUUCCAACUCCAGUAAACGUAUGGACGCGUCUCCCUCGCUGGUGCUCUCCAACUCGGGAAAUAGGAUUGACCCGUCGGGGAGGAAGAAGUACGUGAAGCAGGUGACGGGACGGCACAAUGACACGGAGCUUCACCUCGCGGCUAAGCGGGGCGAUCUCGAAGCCGUGAAGCAGAUCCUCGGCGAGAUCGACGCCCAGAUGACGGGGACGGCGAUGGGGGCAGAGUUCGAUGCCGAGGUGGCGGAGAUACGGGCUGCCGUUGUGAAUGACGUCAACGAAGUGGACGAGACUGCGCUGUUCGUGGCGGCUGAGAAAGGGUUUCUCGAUUUGGUGGUUGAGCUGCUCAAGUACUCCGAUCGGGAAAGUCUCACCCGGAAGAACAGAUCCGGGCUCGAUGUUCUCCAUGUUGCUGUUAGGGAAGGGCAACAAGCAAUUAUACAGGUACUCGUGGACCAUGACCCAACUCUCGUGAAGACCUUUGGACAAUCAAAUGCAACUCCCCUUAUAACUGCAUCAAUAAGAGGGCACACUGAAAUUGUCAAGCUGCUGCUGGAACAAGAUAGUAGCUUAAUUGAGUUGUCCAAAAGCAACGGAAAGAAUGCUCUUCACUUUUCUGCACGACAAGGGCAUGUUGAAAUUGUAGAGACAUUGCUUGGAAAGGAUCCGCAUCUUGCCAGGAGGACAGAUAAGAAGGGGCAAACUGCCUUGCAUAUGGCUGUGAAGGGCACAAACUGUGAAGUUGUUAAAGCCCUUGUGGAUGCUGAUCCAGCAAUAGUGAUGCUACCAGACAGAGCUGGGAACACAGUACUGCACGUGGCAACCAGAAAAAAGCGGGCAGAGAUAGUAAAUCUUCUACUGCUCCUCCCAGAUACAAAUGUGAAUGCAUUGACAAGAGAUCAUAAAACUGCAUUUGAUAUCGCUGAAGGCUUGCCUCUUUCCGAAGAGUCUGCUGAUAUUAAGGAUGCCUUAUCUCGCUGUGGAGCAUGCAGAGCCAAUGAACUGAAUCAACCAAGAGAUGAGCUGCGCAAGACUGUAACUGAGAUAAAAAAUGAUGUUCAUAUCCAACUAGAGCAAACUAGGAAAACAAACAAAAAUGUGCAUGGGAUUGCUAAGGAGCUUAGGAAACUUCAUAGGGAAGGUAUCAACAAUGCUACUAACUCAGUCACAGUGGUUGCAGUACUCUUCGCAACAGUAGCUUUUGCAUCCAUCUUUACAGUGCCCGGUGGAACCCAAGAUAGUGGUGUUGCAGUAGUUGUGCAAACAGAUGUUUUCAAGGUAUUCUUCAUCUUCAAUGCUAUUGCUCUUUUCACUUCAUUGGCCGUGGUGGUGAUUCAGAUAACACUUGUCCGGGGAGAGACAAAGGCAGAGCGGCGCGUUGUGGAGAUUAUAAAUAAAUUGAUGUGGUUGGCCUCCAUCUGCACCACCGUUGCUUUCAUUGCCGCAUCAUAUAUUGUCUUAGGUAGGAAGGUCCGAUGGGUUGCCAUUCUUGUUACACUAAUAGGUGGUCUGAUAAUGGCUGGAGUUCUUGGGACAAUGACUUUCUAUGUGGUAAAAUCCAAACGCACCCGUUCUAUCCGAAGGAAGAAGUCAAUUCAGAGGAGCACGUCAAGCUCAUGGCACGCCAACACUGAGUUAUCAGAUUCUGAAAUCGACAAGAUUUAUGCCAUCUAAGCUGAGGUUAUUGUUACCAAAACUCAGUGUCUGUAUACUUGGUCUCAUCUGCGCCCCUUGUGGCUCCAUCUACUACUAUGAAAAUCCACAAUGUCACAAUAUUGAGGUUCUAGCUGUUUCCUCCCAUUUUGUGCAAUAGUGGCCAAGUUUUCUUUAUAUCUGUUGAAA